GCACUAUACCUGUUAAGCCUCUACGGUUUCAAAAUGGCGAAAUACAUGUCGCUUUGUUGCUGAAACUUUGGAUGAUUUAUUUUCUAAACGAGAGCAAAACCAAAACAACGACGUUGCAUCAAAUAUUAGAGAAGAAUGUACUAGAUUGUUACAUCAUAGACUGGGUCCACUCAAUAUUUGACAAGCACAGAAGCUUCAGCUGGUAUUAAUCUCCCACUGGUGAACAAUACUAUGCCUCGUUACGGGGCGAAAACCUACGGGCGAAGUGUCCGUAAAGACGGCAACGACCACUUUGAUGAUUUAUGGAACAAGAGUAAAGACAGCACGCGACCUGUAACCCGUCUCUCUCCAGCCAAGCGGACGGCUAAUAACCAAGUGCAAACCACUUCUCGACAGACCAGAUCCUCUCCCUCCAAGCCUUCAAGAAUGGCCAGCUCUGAGAGUUCCAGGCCAACGCGACAGAACACUGUCUUGAAAGAAGAUGUUAAAGGUGUUAUAAAUCCAAAGAGGAGAAGAAGGGCAAGUAGCACUGAUGAUCCAUUCAGUUUUAGCAGUGAUGAUGAUAAAUCACCCAUUAAAAGAGCCACCACAGACAAGAACAAUUCUAGUGAAGCCAGUAACUCUCGGCAGUCAAGGGCAUCACUACACUUUGACAAUGGUAUUGAAUCAAGGAACAGUUCCAAAGUACCAUCUAGGAGUGCCAAUACAACAAGGAAUAGUGCAAAGUCAAAAAUUAAAUCUCCAAGCAACCAAACCUUGAUGACACAAUUUGCACACAAUUCUACAUAUAGUGACUCUUCUAGUGAGAGAAAGGAUGACACCGAUGUUGAAAUGGAUAUUAUGGAUGACAUUCUGAGUAGCCAGAAUGGGUCCGAUAUCUCAAGUUCACAAACAAGUGUAGUGUCAAUAUCAGGAAGCCAGUGUUCAACGUCAUCAGCGAUGAAUUCCCGUCAGGGUAGGAGGACGACGGGUAAACUUGAAACUGUUGCAGAGUCCACAAGCACCAAUAGUUCCUCUUCUCAAUUAUCAGGUAGUGCCUCCUCACUAAGGGGCAGUACUAGAGCAACAAACAGUGCUAGCCAAUCAUCUAACAAAAACCUAAGAACUAUUCCCUCAGGUUCUAGUCAGGACUCUGUAAUGAAGAGUGAUGCUGAUGAUGAUUCUGAUGACUCUGAAGUUAUUAUUGUUUCAAGUACUAGCAGGAGUAGCAGCUCCCAAGGUAGUAGUCAGUCAUCGAGUUCAUCUGGGACGUCAAAGUCGUCAACUUCAAAGCCUAGUCUGAAGACUUCUAAAUCUGUACCUCCUGCCAAGCCUGCGAAGUCAACGGCUUAUGAUGAAUUUGAUUUCUCAGAAGAUGAUGAUGUGACAGACACUCCUGCACUGAGGAAGGUGAAGUCAGCUAGUGCUGUGGACAAUGCUAAGAAAAUCUUCAACAGUCCAAAGAAGUCUCCUGCCAAGGCUAAAUACAAUGCAAGAUCGUGGAAUAAACCUGAUAUUCCUGAAGAGGAUGAGUUUAGUGCUCCCACUUCCUCAGCCAGCCAAGGGCCUCUCCCAUCAAAACCUGCCCCAUUUAGGAGCGAUGGUAAACAGAGGGCUAGUGGGCUAACCAAGCAGACAGUCUACCCCAAGAAGGUCAACCACUCCGUAGUCACGUCCCUCAAAUGCAAAAAGGGCGACAAGAAGCUCUAUACCGUUGUACGUCAUGUAAAGGGAGCUUCAGACUGUCAAGAGUCGGGAGAGAGUCAGCAAUAUGCGGAUGACAUCGAGUACCUUAUGGACGGUCUGAAGGGCACAGAGAAUGUUGGAACCCGCUGUCUCAGUACGAUGGGUUUCGUAGAAAAGUGUUCAGUACCUCAAUUCAGAAUGCACAUGAGAGCUCAUGGGACCAUUGCUAAGGUUUUUGGAAAACUACAAGAUGCUGCCCAAGAUCCAUGUCUUGGACUCUGCACGGCGGGUCUUAUGUACAUGUUGAGCCGGGACCGUCUAAACAUGGACCUGGACCGUGACAGUCUGUGGCUCCUGGUCCGUCUCCUGAGUAAAGACACGGCACAUCGGAUCCAACAGUUGGAUCCCAGUCAACAGGCUGAGUAUAAGAAGGUCCAGGAGAAGCUGUGGGCAGUCUUUACAGAGCUUCCUAAAGCUAGCAACUCCCUGGGUGACAUCGAGACCAGUGACCUCUCGAAUGGUCAUCUUGCCAUGGAAUCUCUAUUAUCAUUAACAUCAAAACGAGCUGGAGAAUGGUUCAAGGAGGAACUUAGGUUAGCUGGAGGACUGGAGCACAUAGCACAAACAGUGAUAUCAGCUGCUCUGAGCUUGAGUCCUGUAACUGGUCGUAUGGAGGGAGAGAAUCUAGUCCUGUUUAAGACUAUGAAUAGAUGUCUUCGUGUCCUGGAGAAUGUGACCUUCAUGAAUAAUGAGAAUCAACAGUAUCUUCUAGAACUCAAGGGAUGUGGGUUAGUCAAGGCUGUUGGAAAGGCAUUACGAAUGUGUGAGAACCAGCUUGAGUUAUGUGGAGAGCCAGAGGUUCAUGUCAUCAAGAAAUUAGAUAGCUAUGGCUUACAUGCUAUCUUACAUCAGGGAUUGCUAGCAACGCUCAGAUUAUUACUUAAUAUAUCACAUGAUAACGAAUGGGGUAGUAUGAAGGUAGGAGAGCAAGAAGGUCUUAUGUCAACCACUUUACAAUGUGUCUUACAGAUGCCUCAAUACAUCUGCAAGGAUCAACGAUUUGAUGUAUUAGUUCUGAGUCUUGGUCUGCUGAUAAACCUGGUUGAACACAGCCCCGCAAACACCAGGAAACUCAUCUCGAUGAAAACCCAAAGAUCGUUUGAUUCCCAAAGCCAAAGCAGUCAAGAGAAUUCAUCAUCAGAAGAGGGCGGGUCGGAAGCUGAGGUGGUCACUUCACUGGAAGCCUUGGUUCAGCUAUUCCUACAACGACAGCAGGCUGCGCUCAAGGCAGAGAGCCAGUCAGAGGAAGAAAUGAUGGGGGAGGAGCCAGAGGAGUGGUCUGUUGCCCAUAGCGACCCAUUGGACUGGAUAACGAUAGAGAGGGAUUCUGGGAAGGGUGAUCAGAAUGGCCCCCAGCCGACAGAAGAGGAGAUCAAGUCAUCUGUCAGAAAAGCCCUCCAUUCAGCAGGGAAACACAUGGAAGAUAGUAUAGUUGCUUCCUACACCGCCCUCUUACUCGGAUGUUUGUUACGAGAAAACAAUUUGAAUGUUGCGAGUGUACGGGACUGCCUUCCUGAUGGGGACUUCACGUGUAUGGUGGACAUGCUGAAGAAAUUCUUGUCUUUCAUUGAAUUAACGAAUGCUGCUGGAAACACUGGUAGCAAAAGUAUAUCCAAAGUGAUUGAGGUUUUGGAAUGCUUCUAGAUGACACACACGCACACCAAAGCAGCUCCAGAAUGAACGCUAUCUCCAAAGAGGAGUAUGUCACUACUAAUUGGUCUUCCAGUAACCCCAGAUAUGGUCUUGCUUUAUGAACCAAAUCCCCCUCCUUCCUCCUAAGGUAUAAAUAGAGGGAGAGGGAGAGAGAAAGAAGAGGGAACCUUGAAGUUAACCUUUAAAGGUUCUCAAAGAGUUUUUAGCCUUCCUCGAUUUGAGUGAUUGCUAGGAUGAAUGGGCGGUCCUCUUAUAGAAUCCGGGAGGAGGGAUGAGGAACAUGUUUAGUUAAGGACAAAUGACCCUAGGAUAGGAAGUUAAGCUCCAUAGGUCCUGUGGUUGCUAAGGUAACCAUCAUGGGUUCUCUAAUAUGCCUUGCAUUUGGGAGAUUGUUAGGAUGAACGGAUGUUCCUCUUUGAGAAUAUGGAAGGGGGUGUGAGGAGGGACAUUUAUGUUUAGUGUUUAGGUUAGGAUCAAAUGACCCUCGGAUAGGAUGUUAAGCUCCAUAGGCCCUCUGGUCUCUGAGUUGACCAUCACUGGUUCUCAAAGACGCCUUGUAUUUGGGUGAUUGCUAGGAUAAAGAGUUGGUUCUUUAACAGAAUAUGAGAAGAGCUGUGAGAAACAUUGAUGAUUGCUUGGUGAUCAUAUGACCUUAGAUUAAGAUAUGAAGCUGUAGGUCCCCUGGUCGGCCUAAGACCGCUAUAAGAGUUAAUAGGGUAAAUAGAAAUGAAGGUGUCUUAAUCACUACUCCAGCUGGACUGACUUGGUGUUCUCUCAGGCUAUGUUGAGGGGGAAGGGGUGUGGGUGUUUUUUUUUUCUGUAACAUUUGUUGUAAGAUUAUAAGACCCCAGAUUAGGAUGUGAAGCUGUUAAGGUCCCCUGGUUGGCCCAGGACUUGUAAAAUAGUUGGUUGGGAAGGAGAAACGAAGGUGUCUCUAAUCAGCAGUCUAGCUGGUCUAACUUUGUAUUCUCUCAGCUGUCAUGUCAAUGUUGCGAAGGGGUGGGGUGAGUGUUUUUCUGUAAUCAAUGCGAUGUUUAAGAUCAUGUAACCCUAGGAUAGGAUGUAAAACUACAGGUCAUUGAUAGGGAUUCUAGAGCGGUUUCUCUCUCACUUGAGAGUUAGUGCAUGUAGAAGAUAUGAAGGCGUCUGCAUUUGUCGGGUCUUUGAUAGGUAUGAUAUGGUGCUAUAUCAAGAACAUCCGCUACUUUGACAAGGUUGUGGGGUGAUCUCGAACCACCUUGUUUGUUCUUGGUCUUGGUGGUGUGGGGGGGGUUUGGUGUUUAUAUCUGCAAAAUUAUAUGCCCCACAGAUAGGACUGAGAACUAGUUAUCUUGGUCAGUAAAAUGAAUGAAUUCCUAUUUUUUGCCACAUUUGGGUAGCGUUCUACUACAACAUUCUUUGGCUUUGUAUAGGGAUCACCUGGUUCUUAUCUUGGUUGAAUUAUUGCCGGUACUUGGGCUAGCCAAGACACCAUUUUCCCAGGCCUAGUUUUCACUGCUUUCCGAAAGCUAAUGAUUUGUACAAGUCUUCAUUUUUGUGAUAAGGAAAUCAGGCAUGUUUUAUGUCCGGACCAUUUUGCAUUAAAUUUAUUAUGGUAUCUUCAUUUUGAUUGGCUGUUGAGCUAUGUUACCAUGGUAACUACAAUUGGAUGGCUUGCAGUAACAGUGUUUUUUGUGUAACAGGAUCCGAAACAUUGACUCGAGAAUGAAGAUAUUGCAAUAGAUAUGCUUGUUGAUUAUAAAGUGCUUUGGUUUUAAAUUAUGUUCCUUAAAAGAACUUUUGUGUAGAGAUAAGUGAUUGAGAUUUUGAUUUGAGAUUGAGUUGUAUAUUUUAUAUUUUGAUCGUCAUUAAUUGCAGAAAUUUAAGGAGGAGAUUUAUUUUGAUUUAUUAGAUUGUUAAAGUUUGGCAGCAUUGAUUUGGAUUGAUUAGAAUGAAUUUAAAUAUGAGACAUUUUGUCAUUUUUUCUACAAAAAAAGAGGAAAUUUUAUUAAUCUAAUUAUACUAAAGUUUAUGAUUACGAGAAAAAAAGUUUGGUGUUGAAAAAGAAGUGAUUGCUAUUAUGAUUUUGUAUUUUCCAAUUGGACAAUGUUUGUCCCAUAUCUUUUUAUUUUCUGAAAUAAGAAAGUUGCAUUGUCACUUUUUCUUAAAAUUCAAAUAUAAUUCAAUGCCUGUUACACUUUUAAUAUCCGCUUGUUGGAAGUCGAUACGAAAGGGAAGUAGGGUCUUUUUGUAUCAACAAAAUUGCAGUAGAUGAAUGAGAUAGAUAAAUUACCUUGGUAAAUUUUGAUAAGAAUCGUUGCUGCACCUCAAUCAAAUUGGCGCUACAUUGGUCAUGCUCAUGGUGAGGUUACUGGAUACGAAUGGCUUUCCGUUUGGCCACUGUAGAAAUUGGGAAGGCUGGGAUUAUCAUUUUUUUAGCUCUUAAGAAUGUCGAUUCUAGCAGAAUAUACAAGAAUUGUCUUUUAUUGAUAUGAAUGGAUGAAUAAAUGCCAAGUCCACCAAGAUAGAAGUUAUGUUGAAGAUAGGAGCUGUCAUUGAAAUAUCAUCAUUAUCAUCAUUGUGAUAUUGUAUAAUAAGUAAUGCCAAGCAGGAGGA